GGGUGGAAGUCCGUGUGAUUAAUCACUGAAGAACAUCGUCGAAAAGCAAAAAGGGAUUACAGCCUUGCACUGUUACUGAAAGUGAAGUGGAGAUUUCUGUUUUCUCUGUAGUGCUUUUAUCGGUAGAAGGUAGUAGUAAUGGUCUAAUGGAAUCACAUUAAUUUGAAAAGAGCAGCCCUUUUGCUUGGUUCUUGUCCAUCAGAUUCUAUGUGAAAGCAUUUCUUUUUAGCUUGAGAAAAAGAUUAUUUCUUUCGAGUGAAAAAUUUUCAUUCUGAUUCUAAUAUUCUCUCAGUCUGCCAAUCUAGCAGAACUUCUUCAGCUACCAGACAAUGAAACCCAAUGAACCCAUAUGCUGAUCCUGAACAUUGUUUGUUUUCGCGUUCAUUUCAAGUCUACUGAGAUUCUUGGAGAUAAACCCUUUUGAAAUCUGCUUAUACAGCUUCUUUUUUCGGUUGUUAGAAUUGAAGAGAGCGUCAUGAGAAAUUCUUGGGUUUUCACUAUCUUCUUAGUACUCUUCAGUUUCUACAUCGUUCACUUUCGAGCUGAAGCUGCUCCCGCAGGACCCUUGAUAAAACACUUGUCUUCCUUUCUCAAAUGGACGAGGUCUUCCCCAAAAACACCCCAAACAGCAGAUGGAAAUGUUGUUCAGUUUGAGAAUGGGUAUUUGGUUGAGACUGUCGUGGAGGGAAAUGAGCUGGGGGUUGUGCCGUAUUCCAUCAGGGUCUCCCAUGAGGGCGAACUCUUUGCUGUCGAUGCUGUUAAUAGCAACAUAGUUCGGAUAACUCCGCCUCUAUCACAGUAUAGCAGGGCAAGAUUGGUUGCUGGGUCAUUUAAAGGUUACUCUGGGCAUGUUGACGGGAAACCGAGUGAUGCUCGAUUUAAUCAUCCAAAGGGUGUUACCAUGGAUGACAAAGGGAAUGUAUAUGUUGCAGAUACCUCAAAUCUAGCCAUCAGAAAGAUAGGAGAAGCAGGUGUUAAAACGAUUGCUGGGGGAAAAUCAAAUGUCGCAGGGUAUAGGGAUGGCCCCAGUGAAGAUGCAAAAUUCUCGAGUGAUUUUGAUGUGGUGUAUGAUGGGCGUACUUGUUCCUUGUUGGUUGUUGAUAGAGGAAAUGCUGCUAUUCGGCAAAUCUCUCUCCAACAAGAGGAUUGUGAUUACCAGUAUAACUCCAUUUCUACUACAGAUGUUAUGCUUGUUAUUGGUGCUGUAUUGGUUGGAUAUCUAUCAUGCAUGCUUCAUCAGGGAUUUGGACUUUCUGUCUUCUCAAGAUCACAACAAACCUCAGAGGGUGAUCUAAAAGGUCAAGCCACCACCGAGAAACCCAGUCUUAUUGUAGAGAGCCUGAAAGAGGAGCCGGAUGCCAGAUGGCCAUCUUUUGGAAAUCUUGUAAUUGAUUUGUUUAAACUUGCAAUGGAAGCACUGGGUAGCAUCUUUCUUUACUUCAUACCUGUCAGUCUUAGGACCAGGAAGUCCAAGGGUGAUCUUACUCCACUUAAAGACUCUCUUGUAAUGCCUGAGGAUGGAGCUGAUGAACCUCCAUUGGUACAAAAGCAUAGAAGUGCUACUCCUCUUUCUGAAACACGGCAUUCCCCAUCUCCAAAUGCAAGUGGUGAUGGUUAUACACAACAUAAGCUCCAAAAGAGUAAAUCAGCAGCUCCAAGGGAUGCUUCUUUAUCAAGCAAGCAUCGGUCUUCAAAGCGACAAGAAUAUGCAGAAUUCUAUGGAUCAGCUGAGGUUCCUCCAUAUAGCCAGUUUGGUUCUAAAAGCCUGAAAGAAAGAACUGGAUCAGCUGAGGUUCCUCCAUAUGGCCAGUUUGGUUCUAAAAGCCAGAAAGAAAGAAUCAGGCACCGCCAUCGAGAGAGGAGUGGGGAGGUGGUUUUUGGAGCCACAGGAACUGAACCGAAACCUGUGGAGAUCAAGUCAGUUGACUAUGGUGAUCCAAAGUUUGAUCAUUUCAAUAUCAGGAGCAAGUAUGGGUCUGAAGAUGCAUUCCAUUUCUGAGUGAGCUGAAAUUCAAUCACAGCUCUAACCUGACUCUCCAACUCACCCUUGUGGCUCCUCAUGGGUGAACAAACCUGGAGAUUUCUAUGAAUGUUCUAAGUGUGGGUUGGUGUCAUAGGUUUUUGUACUCUCUCUAGGUAGUAUGUACUAUGCAGUGUUAUUUGAAAUUGCAUCUUUUUUUGAUGGGGAUAGUACUAGACUUACUGUGUUCUGAUACACCUCCAUCUUUAAUACUCAUGAAGGUAUAUUGAAAUGUCCCAGUAGGAUCUAUUGAAACUGAGUCCAAGGCUGAGUUGAGCAAUGCAGAAUUAAAUUUUUUGCCUUA